AUGGCGCCGCCGACCGGGCCUUUGAACCUCGAUGUCGAGGCCAUCUCGGGAAUCUGCGGCUCCAUAUCCAUCGCCUGCUGGGUCGUUGUUUUCUCCCCCCAAAUCAUCGAAAACUUUCGCCGCCGCAGCGCCGAAGGCCUGUCCAUCCAGUUCGUCGUUGUCUGGUUGCUAGGCGAUGUCUUCAACAUCCUGGGCGCCGUGCUGCAGGGCGUGCUGCCGACCAUGCUCAUCCUGGCUAUCUACUACACCAUCGCCGACAUUGUGCUGAUGGCCCAGUGUUUCUACUACCGCGGAUUCACCCUCCGAGACGAUGUGCCGACCCCGCCAGCGCCAACAACUUCGAAAACGAAGCGGAGCGGGAAUGGGAACGGGAACGGCGUGAACGGGGCCGACGAACGGACCGCGCUUCUCAACGGUAACGGUAACGGUGACACCAAUGGCAACAGCAACGGCGCCAGCCACAGCGCCAACGGCACGCAUGAGCAUGCAGAGCGGUCCCCAUACUACCACAGCAUCAACGAACACGACGAACGCCGGGGCUCCUGGACCCACCUCUCGCCCGCGGUCCCAUUCGUGAGCGGCAGCAGUGCAGAAGACGAAACAGACACAACUUCAUCGCGCCGCCUCACGCCCAGGACAACGUUCGCCCAAGCAGCCGCAUUCAACAGCUUCGCCAUCCUCAUGGUCUGCGCCGCGGGCGUCGCAGGCUGGUGGUUGAGCCGACGGUACAACGGCGAUAACGACCAUAAGAAGAAGCACGGCCAACAACAAGACCCGCUCGAGUUCAACACGCUCGGCCAGGUCUUCGGCUGGCUCUGCGCCGUGUUCUACCUCGGCUCGCGGCUGCCGCAGCUGCUGCUCAAUUGGCGGCGCAAGUCGACUGAGGGCGUGUCGGUGCUGUUCUUUUUGUUUGCCUGCCUCGGUAAUUUGACGUAUGUCCUCUCCAUCCUGGCGUAUGAGCCGGACUGCGGGCGAGGCGGGAAGGGCGGACAUGGGGGGCACGGUGGGCACAGCGGGCACGGCAAAGACGGAUGCCAGCCCGGCGAGGCGGGCCAGAUAUUCUGGCAGUACCUCCUGGUUAAUCUGUCGUGGUUGGCGGGCAGCGCGGGCACGCUGCUGUUGGAUAUGAGCAUUUUUGUGCAGUUUUUUGUGUACAGCAAAGGGGAGGAAGAAGAAGAGGAUGAAGAGAGUGCUAGUAGCAGCAGCAGUGAUGAAGAAGAAGGGUUGAAUGGGGUUGUAACCCGGGGAUUGGAAGAGGGGGAAGACGAAGAACAUGGGGCAGAGGAGAGGUGGGACCCGCGGCCGUUGUUACAGCGGAAUCACACGGGGUAUUAA